GCCAGGCAUUUGAGGCUUUGAAGAAUGAACAAGGGGCUUUUGGGGGCUCCAACCCGGGGCCAAGGGACGGAGGCUCACCUGAGCACAGCUUAGGCAGGUGAAGCGUCUCCCCGGAAACGGAGCUGGAGCGCCCCACCUGCCCCGUCCUGCCUGCUCGGAUCAGAUCCAGCCCAUCCAGGCUUCUCCUCCCCCCAGGAACCAGCAGUGACAGCUGAGGCCAUGUGAGUAGGAUCCUGAAUGAGGCUUUAUCUCUGGCUGUUCGUCCCAUCGUCCACCGUGGCACCAGCUCCCUUGGCCAGCCGGGAUGGGACAGGCGCCUGGGAGAGCCAGAGCCAGAGAGGUGAUGGGGACCACAGCCUGCACUGCAAGAGGAAUGGGACUCUGGGCCUGCAGCUGCCAAGCAGGUUGUGGGGGCACCAGGCCAUGAACUGCACCCUCUGACCCCUGACUCUGCCCUUCUGCCCUGACGGCUGCCUGAGCACGCCAUGUCUGAACAGGAGGCCCAAGCCCGGGGGACCCAGGGGCUGCCCCCGGAUGUGCUGGCGGAGCAGGUGGAGCUGUGGUGGUCCCAGCAGCCGCGGCGCUCGGCGCUCUGCUUCGCCGUGGCCGUGUGCCUCGUGGCAGGCUGUGGGGCAGGUGGCGUGGUCCUGUUGUCGUCCACUAGCAGCCGCUCAGGCGAGUGGCGCCUAGCGACCGGCACCGUGCUCUGCCUGCUGGCCCUGCUGGUUCUGGUCAAGCAGCUGAUGAGCUCGGCCGUGCAGGACAUGAACUGCAUACGCCAGGCCCACCAUGUGGCCCUGCUGCGCAGCGGCGGAGGGGCCGAUGCCCUCGUGGUGCUGCUCAGCGGCCUCGUGCUGCUGGUCACCGGCCUGACCCUGGCGGGGCUGGCCGCCGCCCCAGCUCCUGCUCGGCCCCUGGCCGCCAUGCUGUCGGUGGGCAUCGCUCUGGCUGCCUUGGGCUCGCUCUUGCUGCUGGGCUUGCUGCUGUAUCAGGUGGGCGUGAGUGGACACUGCGCCUCCAUCUGUACAGCCACCCCCUCCACCCAAGGGGGCCACGGUGGCAAUGGCAGCAUCUUCAGCAUCUCAGGACAGUUGUCUGCUGGCCAGCGUCACGAGACCACAUCCAGCAUCGCCAACCUCAUCUGACAGAGUCGGAGCCCUUCCCCCCACCUGCCUCAGCGACCCAG